AAGCUCCACAGUGGGGUGGGUCUCUUCUGGCUGUGAACUAAUCAAUUUGCAAAAGAGGAGGGGCUAGAGAUUGGGAAGCAAAGGCGGGAAUCUGCAAAGAACUCAUUUAAGAAAGGGUAGGGGAAGAGAACGUAGAAGCCUUUUGCUCUCCGGAGAGGUUGGUCCCCAGAGCUUGGGGCAAGGAGCAGAAACAGAUAUUUCCUGCCUUUGGAAUUUGGAGCAGUACCCAAGGAAAAAGCCUCUGUUGAGGCAGAACCUUGGGGUUGGACCCUGACCAAACCAGUGGCGGUACGGUUGGAGCUCCAUGGCCCGAUCUCAGCUCCUGCUUCGCGUGGCCACCUUCCUGACGGGGCUACUGGAAUGUAUAGCCUUCUCCGGACUGAUCUUUGGCUGGACCUCGCUGGUGUUCGUUCUCAAAAGUGACCACUACUUUCAGGAUCUGUGUGAGCAGCCGCUCAAUCUGACGGGCAAUGCCACAGGGAAGGCAGAAUGCAGCGCUCAGGAUUCGAAGUUCUCCCUCAUCUUUACUCUGGCGUCCUUUGCGAACAACUUCAUGACAUUCCCCACUGGCUACAUCUUUGAUCGCCUUGGAACCACCGUAGCUCGACUCAUUGCCAUAUUUCUCUACACUGGGGCCACCCUUCUUGUAGCUAUCUCCUCUGCAGGUACAGCACCCAUGCUCUUUGCUGCCUUCCCAAUGCUUGCUGUUGGAGGCAUCCUGUUUCUUCUUACCAAUUUGCAGGUGGGGAACCUAUUUGGCAAACAUCGAUCCACCAUAAUCACCCUCUACAAUGGGGCAUUCGAUUCCUCCUCUGCAAUCUUUCUCAUCAUUAAGCUCCUGUACGAGCGGGGCCUGCCUCUCCGAGUGUCCUUCUUCAUUCUCUGUGCUUUCAGCAUCUUUCAUCUCAUCCGAACUUUCUUCCUCAUGCCCAGGGGCCACAUACCCUAUCCAGUGCCAUCCAACUACACUUAUGGCAUUAGCUGUUCAAGGGGAGCUAAUGGGUCCCAAGGAACAAAAGGUGGAGUCCGCAAGGAAGAGGAGGAACUGAGGCAGGAGGUCACUCCUUCCCCAACACUUCAAGAGUCAUCUGGGGCUGAACAGGUCUCUUUCCGGAGCUGUAUUCUCUCCUGGCGAUUCUUUUGGCACCUGGUCUGGAUGUCUGUAAUGCAGCUGUGGCACUACCUCUUCAUCGGGACUCUCAACCCCAUGCUGAACCAGCUGUCCAAUGGGAACCAGGAUCAUGUCAGCUCCUUUACAAAUGCCUUUGCCAUCACUCAACUCUUUGGGGUGCUGUGUGCCCCCUGGAAUGGAUUCAUGUUGGAUCGCCUUAAGAAAAAAUACCAGCAGGAGGCAAGAAGAAAAGGUUUUCCAGAAUCCAUGGCAGAUCUUCACUGUACCUUCCCAUCCUUGGCCCUGACAUCUCUGUUGUGCCUCGCCUUCUCCAUCUGUGCCUCCAUUCCUAUCCUCAAGCUCCAGUAUUUCACCUUCAUCCUACAAGUUAUUAGUCGGUCUUUCCUGUUUGGAGGAAAUGCUGCCUUCAUCACUCUGGCUUUUCCUUCCCAGCAUUUUGGGAAGAUCUACGGGACAGUGAUGAUGCUGUCAGCACUAGUCACAAUUCUACAGUUCCCCAUUUUCAUCCUCAUCAAAGGGCCACUCCAGGGGAACCCUCUAUAUGUAAAUAUUGUGCUGAUAUUGUUCACUCUUCUCUCCUUUGUCCAUCCUUUCUUGGUGUCAAGGGUGUGGCAUCGCCAGGGAAAACAUGUCUAAUGUUCUAUGCCUCAAUGCUCCCCCUCCUUCCAGCUCAGGGCUUUAUGGUAGUGUAGCUUGCAGCCUUCCUCAUCCCUUCCUCUGAAACUCCUUACAAGUGGGUAGGAAGAAGGGGGAAGGGAUGUAUCUAGGAAGGCAUUUCCUCUAAACUGAGGUCGUUUAUCUGCCAUGGAACAGACAAGGUCAUGGCUUAUUUUUUUAAAAAAUGUUUUUGUACAAAAAUAAAAAAAAUAAAAAAAGA